AUAAUAAUUGAAAUUCAACUAUCAUCAUUCUCCUUGGAAAUGAGAUACCAAGAACACUCUCUUCUCAUUCCCCCUACCUCCAAAUCCUCAAAUGCCUCCUAACAUCCGUCCACCUCCAACCCACCGCCGUCCCCUAUCCUUCCCCGCCGUACACCCCUGCGAAUCCAUCUCUCCAACAACCCUCCUCACUUCCUUAAUCACUCUCUCCCAAAACAUAUCCACUUUCCAACCAAACUCCUUCCCCACUCAAAAACGAAACUCCCGAGAAACAAAACGCCAAAUCCAAAUUCUUCUCAUAUUCUUCCAAGACCUCCAAUCCCAUCCCUCUCCCAUCCCAAAACCAAUCAUUCCUCUCUUCUCCAACCUUCACUUCACCCUCCAGAAAAUCCACUUCUUAUUCCAAGACUGUUCCCUCCAAAACGCACGCCUAUGGUUACUCCUCAAAUCCCAAUUCAUAGCCACACAGUUUCACGUUCUCAUUCGUUCCGUCGCAGAAUCUCUCCACGCGUUACCACUCAACCUCGUCGACGUAUGCGACGAGGUUAAAGAGGUAAUUCAAUUACUAACCAAACAAACCGAAACAAUCAAUCUUGUACUCGACCAUAACGACGAACGCGAAACCAAACGCGUCAUUUCAAUUCUAAAUCAAUUCGAAAAAGGAACCGAACCAAGCGUGGAUUCCAUCAAACAAUUACUAUAUUACCUCGAAAUCAAAACUUGGUUAGAUUGCAACGAAGAGAUCAAAUUCCUCCAAUACCAAAUAGAAUUUAAACAAGAACAUGAACAAGAACCAGAAGAACCAGAGAAAGAGAUUUCUCUAUUGAGUAGUUUGAAAUGUUUUCUAUGCUACUGUCGUGCGGUUCUUUUCGAAACUCUCGAUUUUCAAUCAAUAACCCGUAACAGAUCCGAAACCAGGUGCAGGCGCAGCGUAGAGAUGUCAAGCUGCGUCGCACCAGAUGAUUACCGCUGUCCAAUUUCACUCGAGUUAAUGAUAGAUCCUGUAACCGUUUCCACUGGCCAAACAUACAACAGAGCUUCCAUUCAACAAUGGUUUAACUCCGGAAGCAUAACCUGUCCGAAAACAGGCGAAAAACUCGCUUCCACAGAGUUUUUCCCCAACACAGCUCUCAAAAGAAUUAUCCAACAAUUCUGUUACGAUAACAGAAUUUCAGUUUCGCGAACUAAAUCACACGUUGGCGUAACUGUAACAACUGUUAAUCCUGGUAGUCCUGCAGCAGCACAGGCGAUACAGUUCGCGUCGUGGUCAGUUGCUCAGAGAUUAGUAUUCGGAACAGAUGAGCAGAAAAACAAAGCAGCUUAUGAGAUUGGAUUACUCGCGAAAUCAAAUGUUUUCAAUACUGCGUGUUUGAUUGAGAUGGGAACUGUGCCACCGUUGAUUGAUCUUGUUUUAGCUUCAGCAACGCAAGAGAAUGCGAUUUUUGCUCUUUUGAAGCUUUCAAAGCAUGGUAAUGGUCGCGAAGUUAUCAUGGAGAGUCGAGGUUUAGAUUCUAUAGUUACUGUUCUCAGACGAGGUUAUAGUUUAGAAGCUCGCAGGAUAGCAGCUGGUGUAAUAUUCUAUCUCACUUCGGUGAAAGAGUAUAGAAAAAUAAUAGGUGAAAAUUCAAAGGUUGUUUCUGGUUUAGUGGAAUUGAUAAAGAAAGGAACAAUCCGAGGAAAAAAGACCGCGGUGGAUGCGAUUUUCGGAUUGUUAUUGCUUCCUAAGAAUCAUCAUAAGGUUCUUGCUUCUGGUGCUGUUCCUGCUAUUGUUAGUGUUCUAACUUCUUGGGAGAAAUCUGAUGUUGUUAGUGAUUGUUUGGCGGUUUUGGUAGCAUUGGCGGAGAAUGUGGACGGUUCGCGUGCUGUAUUGGAGGCUUCGGGUUUGUCUAUGGUGGUUGGAAUUUUGCAAUCUGCAACUUCGCGUGCUGAGAAGGAGUACUGUGUUUCCAUUUUGGUAUCGCUGUGUGCUAAUAUUGGUGAUGAGAUUGUUAGUGUUCUGGUGAAAGAUGGUUCUGUGAUUAUGCCUUUGCUUUACGCGAUUCUAACGGAUGGUACUCCUCUAGCGGAAAAGAAAGCACGAAAACUUAUCAAUGUGUUGCAAGAAUUUGAUGAGAAGAAAACUUUGGGCACUUCUGUUUUACACCAAAGAUUGCUUCAGUUGAAUUAGUUAGUUUGAACCUUCUUUCUUUUUCUCCUUGUAGAUAAGUAUAGAUUCAUACAUAUGAUAUCUUAGUUCUUAUUUAGCAUAAAAAUUACAAUUGGAUUAGGUUCAGCUUUUCCUACAUUUAAAUUUUGGAAAACAGAGUGUGUGACACAAUUACCUAAUCUCGGAUUGGGCUGAAACCCAACAUGGAAAGAGUUGCCAAUCAUAAUGCCUUUUCUUCGUGAAUAGUUAUUGAAACAUUGAGAGACUAUAGGCACGUGAAGGAUGGUACCAAUUGGUAGAGGAUUAUUUGAAUUAUCUUGAUCAGAUUUACGAAGUAUUUGGACCACUAGCACGUAGAGUUUUAAAUUGGGUGUUGUAUUUGUGGUAAGUACAAUAAAGGAUGUUUUGUAUGUGAUAACAUGGGCAAGAGGGCCUUUUGAGUUAUGAUUUAUAACAAAGUGAAUCCAUCCCUCAAUUGUAUGGUUGGGUUAGUUAUGGAUUAAGCUCUUUGGGCAAGUGAUUAAUACGGAUGGUUAAGUGAUUAAUACGAGGAUUGGUUCAAAUGUCUAUUAGUCAGACAAUGCGUCCCCUAACAUUGAUAGAUAGUGGGGGGUUAUUGGAGCAAGUCAUCCUCCAUAAUAGGGAAUGUGGUUAAAAUCUCAUGACUUGUGAUGAUUUCAUUUAUUCAUCAACAUGUGGCUUAACAGGUUCGCCUGUGACCCAUGACCGAUAAGUAUUGGAUCAGGUGAGAUAAUUGACGAAUCAGUUUCUUUGAGGCCAUGUUUACUGGUGUUUUUAGUAAAUCAAAUCACAAUUUUUUCGUUCACUUAAAGAAUUAAAGUCGAAAAAAUUCUAAGGACAAUUUGUGCCAAGAGUUUGAGAAGAGUUUGAGAAAAUGUAUUCAUGCUUGGAAAUUUAGUGUUUGGAUGUGGAACAAUGGGAUAAAAAUAGCAAUAAGUAAAAUGCAGUUUUUGCUUGAAA